AGGCCUAGCAACUGAUGCCGGGUUCACACGUGAGUUUCCCCGUGCGCCGCGGCCCGUGUUAGAGUUGGUUAGCAGUGUUAAUUACAUCAUCCAGGUUUCUCCUUAGCCUCACGGGCUUCGCACGCCUCACUGGUCCACGGACAUGGCUCAGCAGUUCAAAGACAUGGCCAGCAAGCUUGGCAAGGGCGGCGGGGGCGCGCCCAAGGGGCUAGGCCUAGGCAUCAAGCUCAUAGCGGCCACGGCCGGACUCGGAUACGCGGCUACACAGUCUGUGUUCACCGUGGACGGCGGUCACCGGGCCAUCAUCUUCAGCCGCAUCGGCGGCAUACAAAAGGACGUGUACUCCGAGGGCCUGCACUUCCGCAUACCGUGGAUACAGUACCCGAUCAUCUACGACAUUCGCUCGAGACCUCGCAAGAUUUCGUCCCCCACUGGCAGCAAGGACCUGCAGAUGGUCAACAUAUCGCUGCGAGUGCUUGCCCGCCCGGACGCCGCACAGCUGCCAUUCGUGUACCGCAUGCUGGGAACCGACUACGACGAGCGAGUGCUGCCCUCCAUCUGCAACGAGGUCCUCAAGAGCGUCGUAGCCAAGUUUAACGCGUCGCAGCUCAUCACCCAGCGGCAGCAGGUCUCGCUCAUGGUCCGCAAGGAGCUCACGGAGCGCGCCCGAGACUUCAACAUCAUCAUGGACGACGUCUCCAUCACGGAGCUCAGCUUCGGGAAGGAGUACGCCGCUGCGGUCGAAGCCAAGCAGGUAGCGCAGCAAGAAGCUCAGCGCGCCUUUUUUACGGUCGAGCAGGCCAAGCAGGAGAGGCAGCAGAAGAUCGUCCACUCCGAAGGUGAAGCCGAGGCCGCCAAAAUGCUGGGCGACGCCAUUGCAAAGAACCCGGGUUACCUUAAGCUGCGCAAGAUACGAGCGGCGCAGAACAUAGCGCGCACCAUAGCGGCUUCUCAGAACAGGGUCUACCUGAACGCCAGCUCGCUCAUGCUGAACAUCGCCGACAAGGAAUUCGAUAUCACCCACAUCAAACAGGGUUCCAAGUAGUAAGGCGGCGAUUAAAUUGACCCCGCCCCCUUCUGUUCACACGACCAAUGAGCGAAAGGUACCUCGAGAUCCCGGAUGACGUGUAGACAAGACCUGUCUUGGUCAAGCUCCGGUACAUACAUAUAACAGUGCUGUGGCACGAGUCGCUGUGAAGACAUCCAUUGUGCCACUGUCACGGUGAUGUUGGAGCCCAAUCAAGCAGGUCUAGUUGAGACAUUGUCCUUACAGGAUGCCGUGCUUUCUAGGGGAAACGACUUAGUAUUUGAAUAAGCCCGGAGGUAUAGACACAACCCUUGGGUACUUCCACCGUUCUGCCUUUUUUGUUUAGUGCGUUGUUACGAAAUAAAAACAUAGCCUCAUUUCGUUUAUUUCUAA